UGAAAAAACAAACUAAAAGUCUAAUAUCAUAACCAAAUCUUGUCAUAGAAAACAUAGAAAACAUCGAAAUUAUAAAACUUGUCAUGAGAUGAUGAAGACCUUUCUCCGGCGAAAAAUGAAGUUAUGGAGACGCGCCACCGGAGCUAUAAAAGACAAACUCAGUCUUAUCACGGCGGAGGAAGGAAAUUUCACGGUUGCGGUUAUCAAAGCGACGAGCCACAACGAUCUCUCAAUGGACAGUGAAAACGUUCAGUUCAUCUACAGAUUCAUACAGAGCAACCCUUCGAGUUUCAAACCAAUCAUACGCGCCAUCUCGUUACGCGUGGAACGCACUCGCAACUGGACCGUGGCUUUGAAAUGUUUGAUGUUGUUACACGGCUUGUUCCUGUCCGGGAUCAAAGCUGCUGAUUCGAUCGGAAGGUUACCGUUCGAUCUUUCCGGUUUUGGGAAAAGGAAAUCUCGGUUUAGUAGAACCGGUCGGUUUAAUGUCUUCGUUCGCGCUUAUUUCUUGUUUCUUGACGAAAGAUCGAUUCUUUUCUUCAACAAGAACAUGACUCGACUUGAUAUCAUUGUUAAAUUGCAAAGAAUCGUUGAUUCAUUGAUGAGAAUCAAACCGAUUUGUGGUGAAACUCCUCUUGUAAUCGAAGCUAUGGAAUAUGUAAUCAGCGAGGUUUUCGAGAUUAACAGUCAUAUAUGUCGCGGAUUCGCUGGUUUCUUAUCCGAUGUUCAAUCGAAUAAUCGAGAUAUAUCUUCUGCGGAGGCGGAACUAGCGAUGAAGAUUGUGGCAAAAUCUUUGUCGCAGAGAGAAGAACUCUUCAAGUAUUUCGAAUUAUGUAGAGACUUUGGUGUCACCAACGCUCAAGAAAUCUCCAAUUUCGUUCGAAUCACGGAAUCUCAAGUGAUAUUACUCGACAAGCUUCUCCAUAUCGCCCCGGAGUUAGAUCGGAAGGCGGCAAAAGUGACGCCGUAACUGUAGCAGCUAUGGCAGAGGUGGAUUUGGUGACCAGUGAGGAGCGUUCUUCUAAUCAUGUAACUAGUUACUAAUCAUGUUUUAGUCUACCUCAGUUGUGCAUCUAUGUUAAUGUGUACACUCGUUUAGACUACUAACAUUGCAUACCUAACGAUUUGUAUAAGGGCAAAAUGCAAAAGAAACAACUUUAAAUAAAGUUCUUCUUCACUAAUUAAGAUAACAACAUUUUAUCAUAACAACAUCUGAUGUUACAAGUCAACAUUUUAAACCUAAGGAUGAAAUGAAAUAGUUGCAAAAGAACAAGAAAAGAACCAACGAUUUUUGUUUCCUACAGAUUUUCUCCAAGAAAUCUUCAAACAAA